UGCGUCUUAUUCAAACAAAAUGGCGGCCGCCAUAGAAGGGGUGCUGGAUGAAAGGGUGCGCGAGAAAACGCUCAAGUGCAAAUUAUUGGUGGUUGGGGCUGGUGGAAUAGGAUGUGAGCUGCUGAAGAAUCUUGUCCUUACCGGCUUUAAGGAUAUUGAACUGAUUGAUCUUGAUACGAUUGAUGUGAGCAAUCUGAAUCGGCAGUUUCUCUUUCGCAAGGAGCAUGUUGGAAAGUCCAAAUCACAGGUGGCGAAAGAGAGUGCCCUGAAGUUCAACCCAGAUGCCGAUAUCGUAGCAUACCAUGACAGUGUGAUGAGCUCUGACUAUGGCCUGGACUUCUUCAAGAAGUUUGACCUGGUGAUGAAUGCACUGGACAACAGAGCCGCUCGGAACCAUGUGAACCGAAUGUGUCUGGCUGCUGACAUCCCCCUGGUAGAGAGUGGGACAGCUGGAUACCUGGGACAGGUUGCUGUCAUUAAGAAGGGUCUUACGGAAUGUUACGAGUGUCAGCCGAAGCCCAGACAGAAAUCCUUCCCAGGGUGCACCAUCAGGAACACUCCAUCUGAACCCAUCCACUGUGUCGUGUGGGCGAAACAUCUCUUCAAUCAAUUGUUUGGGGAGGAAGAUCCAGACCAGGACGUGUCCCCUGAUACAGCCGACCCGGAGCUUGCAGGUGAGGCUGGUGAGGCAGCACUGGAGGGAGGCAAGAAAGAUAUAGAGAGGAAGUCCACUAGAACAUGGGCCAUGCAGACUGGAUAUGACCCACAGAAAAUAUUCAAUAAGCUGUUCCGGGAUGACAUCAAGUACCUGCUCUCCAUGGAGACACUCUGGAAGAAGCGGAGGCCUCCCACGCCCCUGGACUGGGAUCACCUACCUGAGGCUGCUGAUGCAGAGAAUGGCGGUGCAGGUAUGCGGGACCAGAAGGUGUGGUCGAUGAAGGAGUGUGCUGAGAUCUUUGGCAGAUGUCUUGGAGUCCUCAAGGUGGAGUUUGCCAAGCAGGGCGAUGGAGGGAUGCUCAUCUGGGACAAGGACGAUGAUACAGCUAUGGACUUUGUAACAUGUGCUGCCAACAUUCGCGCUCAUAUCUUUGGCAUUGGUCUCAAGUCCCGCUUUGAUAUUAAAUCCAUGGCGGGAAACAUCAUCCCAGCUAUAGCCACCACCAACGCCAUCAUUGCUGGUCUCAUCGUCAUGGAGGGACUCAAAAUACUGGCAGGGGACAUUGAGAAAUGUAAAACUGUUUAUCUCAACCGACAGCCCAACGCAAGGAAGAAGCUGCUUGUUCCAUGUUCCUUAGACCCACCCAACCCCAAGUGCUAUGUAUGUUCAGCUAAACCGGAGGUAACCGUCCGACUCAACACAGACAAGAUAACUGUGAAAUGUUUGGAGGAGAAGGUUCUCAAAGGUCAGCUGGGAAUGGUGGCGCCGGACGUGGAGAUAGAUGAUGGAAAAGGUUCCAUUGUGAUCUCCAGUGAGGAGGGGGAAACUGAAGAAAACAAUGACAAAAUGCUUGCCCACUUCAACAUAAUCAGCGGAACCAGGUUAAAAUGUGAAGAUUUUCUUCAGAACUACAGCCUGAUCGUCACCAUUGUCCAUGUUGACAAGUUGGAUGAGGAGAAGGAGUUUGAGCUUGUUGGGGACCUGGAGGAAGUGAAAGCCUCAGCCACAGAGGAAGCACAGAUGGAGGCAGGUGGCGCCGAUGGUGACAACGGCAAGCAACAAGAUUCUGUAGAUGAACUGAUGAUUGUGGAUGAACCUCAAGUUGACGACACACCAACUAAACAGAAACGAAAGCGAAAAGCAGAGGAUAUAGGAGAAACAGAGCCAACUGUUGCUAAAAAAGCCAAAUCUGUUCCAGCAUCAGCAACAGCAGAUGAUGAUGAUCUUGUUAUUUUGUGAAGGGCUUGAUGGGAUCACUCACUGGUGCAGUCAGGACAUCUUACCUCAGCAACAGGUAUAAUGGACUACAGAGGAAGUGUAGAUGGUGGCAUUCUUCAAUAUCACCUCACUGAAGAACUGAAUCAAAACAGGGAGAGGACUAAAUUCUUGCAUUUAGGUUUCAUGUGUGACAGUGACAUGUAGACCAGGUUUGUGUACAAGCUGUUUAAGAUGGCGCGUCCAUGGUGCGUUGUGGUAAUUCUGGAGCAGAAUAGGUUUCCCAUAGUCAAGGGAACAUAACCCACUCAGCUAGGUCCCAGCUGAAGGUAAUCUUGACCUGGUCGAGAAUGUCAUUGUGACCUGGCUGAGCGAGUCACAACCUGGUGAAGUGUGUCUACAUCGUUACAUGGUCGACUAUGACCUGAUGUAGUGGUGUUGUUCACACUAUUGACCUCUGGUUUGCAAGGUUGAUUACUCACCCAAGUUUCUGUUUUAUAUCAUUAGUAUUGUUAAGGUAAUUUCCUUUUACUGAGAGAAGAUUAUUUUGGUUCUUGCUUCAAAUGGUGACAGUGCCUUCAAUAUUCCAGGUCCCACUCAAUAAAGCAAUCUUGGUUAUAGCACUCACUCAGUAAGGCCCGGGACCAGUUUUGUUUCAACUUACUUAUUUGAAUCUCGAUCAUAUUGUUUCAGCUCCAUCCUCAUCUCUUUGUUAUGUGCUAUUGUUAUUGUUUCGGUGUUCUCUUGUAGCUUGCACAAUCAAGGAAGUUUCCACAUAUUUUGUUGUAUGUCGUUUUACCAUACAUUGUCACAAUAAUGCAAUAUUAAUCUGCAGGGACACAUGAAAUUUUACCAGCUCUCAUAAGUGGCCUAGUUGCUGUUGGUGCUACAAUUCGCUAUGUUGCAUUCCUUCUGCAUGCCAGAACCCUGUUAUAGUAGGUUUGAAUCCCAGUUUACCAUGACUGACACUAGGGUGUUUGCACCAUACCUGUUCUGAUGGGUCAACAACUAUCAAGCUGACAAUCCUUGCCGGAUUAUUAUUCUGUGAUCACCUUCACAAGUUAAUGUAGUCAGAAAGACCAAAUUUAAGUCGUGUCACCGAAAGCAUUUUCAAUCACGGCCAACUUAGCUCCUGGGUGUAUAUUAGCGGUUGCAGUGAUUUGCGAGGCCAAAUUGAUCAACUGGGUAAAGAAAUGUAUUCCAUUGUGUUCAUUUAAGAAAAAUCCAUUCUCUUUUCUAUAAGUCGAGGUCAUCCAUUAUCGGUCUCUUCUGUAAACACUUCUUGAAUGUGGCUAAUAACUUGCAAUUUCCAUUUAGUACGUCUCAUUACUUUGCUAGAACCAGCUACCUGUCAUUUGCUUCAGAUGCCCACAAAUGUUGUGAUUUCCAUUACGCGCCACUGCCAUUGUCAUGGUUACUUUUGUACAUAAAACGACAAUAAAAUGCUGAAGAAAUUGUA